AUGGAUGACUACCAAGCCAUUCCUACGGCACUGCGGUGCCCCUUUUGCCUCAACCUCUUUCGAAAUGCCUGCACGGCACGGGUGUGCGGGCACUCUUUCUGCCGCGAGUGCAUCGAGCGCCGCGCGGCAUUUGCACAGAACGAGCAGCGGCUCUACGCAAUCUGCCCUGUCCACCGCGAGCCCAUAUGGCUGGACGAGCUGGUCCCGAACAUCGCUCUCCAACAGCAGGCUGAAGAACAUCUUCUCGAUUGUCCUCAUCCAGGCUGCUCCAAGCAAAUUGCUGCACGUCAUUACCGGAGUCACCGAGAACGUUGCCCUUACCGCCCCGUUGUUUGCCCCAACAACGAGGUCGAGGGUACCUGCCCCGUCAUGACCCUCUCCACCAUUACCAAGCACCUUGAAAGCUGCCCUCAUGCCGUCUGCCGCUAUGCUCUCAUGGGCUGCAACUUCCGCGGCACCCUCAGCGGUCGCCUUUUGCACGAAAAAACCUGUCCGUUCUUCGAUGGCGAGCCUGAGACCGCCAUUCAACAGGGCAUCUACCGCAUGUCCGACCUCAUCCAAAAACUCAAGCAUCAAAGCGAAGAGCUGCAAGAGCGCCUGCGUACCAUCGAGCAAGCCCAAGCAGUCAGCCUUGACCAGCAAGAGCGCGCCCGACAUGAACUCGCGGAAUUCACCAUGCCCUUCACCUUCCAGUGCAGCGGCAGCUUCAAGGGCCACGCUGGUGCCGUGUGGGCCCUUAGCAGUCACCGUAGUCUGCUCUUCAGUGCCUCGAGUGACCAGACCAUCAAGGCUUGGGAUCUGCAGCGCAUGGCCUGUGUCGCUACAUUGACUGGUCAUCAAGGCAUCAUCCAUGCCAUGGCCUGUAACAAGUCUUACCUCUUCAGCGGAGAUUCCGCUGGUCUUGUCCUUGUCUGGGACAUUGAUCAACUCAAACUCAUCGAGACCCUCAACGUGGCCCAAUCGAUCAUUUCCUGUCUGUUGGCCACUCAGCGGCGUUUGAUCGUGGGCAGUCAAAACCUGAUCAAGGCAAGUCGUGCUGAGGAUUAA